GACGCAUGCUCACGGAAGUGGCGGAGCAGCAGAGGCAGACGGCGAAGAGAAGAAACAACGCUCUCGUUCUUCUUUUUUCUUUUCUUCUCCUGUUUUAUUUUCUCGUGACUUUUUAGUCUCAUGUUUCAGAACCAAAACAGAGGAACAGAAGUAGAAGAAUCCCUGGAACAUUCGGAGACAGACUCUUCAGUGCUCGAUCACCCCUCGCUCUCUCCUCUACAGCAAUGGACCACAUGAACCACAGCACCAUGGAGAUGGACCACUCCCACCACCGUCAUCACACCAUGGCCCCCCCCAUCACCAGCGGACACGACCACGGGGGAGGAUCAGGAGGAGGGGGGCACGAUGGGAACCAUGGAGGACACGGGGGGAUGGCAAUGACCUUCUAUUUUGGCUACAACAACGUGGAGCUGCUGUUCACUGGACUGCUCAUCAACUCACCUGGAGAGAUGGUCGGAGCGUGUAUCGGUGUCUUCCUAUUGGCCGUACUGUACGAGGGGUUAAAGAUCGGCCGUGAGGUGUUGCUGCGUCGCAGUCAGGUCAACGUCCGCUACAACUCGAUGCCGCUCCCCGGGGCUGAUGGGACGGUGCUGAUGGAGACACACAAGACAGUCGGGCAGCGAAUGCUAAGCCCCGCCCACUUCAUGCAAACCCUUCUGCACAUCAUCCAGGUGGUCGUAAGCUACUUCCUGAUGCUCGUCUUCAUGACUUACAACGGUUACCUGUGUAUCGCCGUGGCAGCCGGCGCUGGCAUGGGCUACUUCCUGUUCAGCUGGAGGAAGGCAGUGGUUGUUGACAUCACAGAGCACUGCCAUUAACUAACGUGCCAGUUAGCAUCACGUCAGGAAAUUUAAUUUCUGCUGAUCACAAUCGAUAAACCCUAACAAUCACC